AUGUUUGCCCCGCACAGGAUAGCCAGCCUUUCGAAGAUCUUCCCCACGCUGAUGCUUUAUAAGCUGUGGGAGGAGGGGAAGGUGGGCUCCCUGGACGACCCCCUGGAGAAGUACGUGGAGAACUUCACCAUCAAGAACCCGUUGGGCAAGUCGCAGCACUCUGAGCUGAAGUACGUGACAGAUGGGCUGAUCUUCCUGGACAGCGGGGAGGUCCAGGUCCAGUCCUCAUCUGUCACCUUGCGCAGGAUGGCCAGUCAGCUGUCCGGAUUGCCCAGGAGGCUUAGGGCCACCAACCUUCUUUGGAAGGGAAAGACCCAGGCAGCCAUCAGUCUUCUCCAGGAUGAUGUGCUUGUGGCAGAUCCAGGCACCAAGUGCCACUACAGUAACCUGGCCUUCUCUCUCCUGGCUCAUGUCCUGGGGGAGAAGGUGGUGGGUCUGGACUACCAUCGCUGGAUCUCUGACAGCAUCCUGGACAGACUGGGGAUGGAGGACACAGGCUUUGACAUGACCCCCGGGAUACAGAGCCAGAUGGCGGUGGGUGUCUACGCCAGCGGGAAGCCGGCCCCUCUCUACGACCUGGGCUGGUACCGGCCGUCAGGGCAGAUGUUCUCCACGGCUGCUGAUCUGGCCAAGCUGGCCAUGAUGCUGCUGGGCGCCUACCACCGCAAGCUCCUGGAGCCAGACACGGUGAAGACCAUGCUGACGCCGCUCUUCCGCUGCGAGAAGGACUACUUCGCCAACCGCACGGGCACGCCCUGGGAGGUGAACGAGCAGCUGGGCUACGAGGUGCUGCGGAAGGACGGCGACCUGGACGGAUACUCGGCCACCUUCUCCCUGGUGCCCCGCAUGAAGCUGGGCCUGGUGGUGCUGAUGGCGGGCACCAGGCCGCAGGGCCUGGACGUUGUGGCCAAGGCCUACGGCUACAUCAUCCCCGCCAUGGAGAGGGCCUUCCGGGACGCCCGACGCGUCCUCGUGCCUCCGCCCAACCCUACCCCUUACGUGGGCUUCUACACCUACGGAAACAUCACCUACUACGAGAUCAAAGCCGGCCCGGACAGGGUCCUGGUCAUGCAGCAGUUUGGACCCCAGAUCGAGGAUCUCAUCCCCAAGAGGUACAGAACCAUAAAGCUCACCUUCCUGGAGGACCGGGUCUUCAGGGUGGUUUUUGAGAAGGAGUACCCCUGUAUCUUACAGGUCAGCACUGCCUCGGUGUCCCUGGAGGCCCAGGAUGGGCAGCUCUUUAACUUUUAUGUUUCGAACAAGAAGGGCCUGUCACCCGGCUUCGAUGCACCAGGCCUGAACACAUAUAAUGUGGUCCGGAUCGCCUCUAAGCCAGAUUUCUCAAACUAAACCGCCUUCCAAGGGACUAUGGCUGAAAGUUCUAUGACUGGCACAACCUUAUGAAGUGGUGGGUUGAUAAAAAGGGGGGUAAAGAACCAAAUACCAGGCUACAAGCACAGGGAUAAGGAGAAAGCUUAACGUCAAAGAAGGGUCCAGUGGGUGAACUCCUUAUGACUUCUUUUACCUGUCAGAUAUUCUUCCUCACAUGUCUGGUGCACAUUGUCAAUGGUAUUCAUUGGUUCCCUUUGUCAUCUGCCAGACCCUGUGGUUUUUAUUACUCUACAAUGUCAGGUGUCCGUAGGUGUAUUGUACAGGUAGCUGCAGAGAGACUGUGCGGGUUUGUGUGGGCCUGCGUUUGGGCUGUGGAGUGGGCCUCCAGUUGGGACAGUCCUGUGAUAUCCUGCCUGUCCACUGGGAGGAGGCUGAGAGGAUAUGGAUAGCUACCCGUACAAUGCUCACACCUUUUGUUACCCAGCAGGUCCCUGUGCCAGUCUAAUGUUGAUGUCACAGCUGAGUGAGUGGAGCAGAAAAUGACCAGAGUACGACUUUCCUGAUCAUAAUUCCACUCAGUGAAAUAGAUCUUCUUUCUGCUCUCAAUAAAUAGCGCAAACAGAUGUCUUUGCCAAACAGGGAAAUGAGGAUUUGAUUUGAUAUUAUUUUCUAUUUAUGUGUAAAAGUGUUCUGCUUCU